AAUCAGCAGCAAAGUAGUGGGUUAAGCAAACGACAAUAACAUCAGUCAGAUUAGGACAAAGGAAAUUUUUUCCAUUUUCGUUGGGACUUUGUCAGCUAGUCAGGCAACUGGAGAGGAGUUUGAAAACUAUUUUGAAACGCUUUUGUGGAUUCUCGGAAUAGGGUUAGGGAUUUCAAGCUUGAAGAUGAUCUAUACAGCCAUAGAUACUUUCUACCUAACAGAUGAGCAACUCCAGAAUUCUCCAUCCAGAAAAGAUGGAAUUGAUGAGGCCACCGAGACUACGCUCCGAAUCUAUGGUUGCGAUCUCAUUCAAGAAAGCGGAAUUUUGCUCCGAUUACCCCAAGCUGUAAUGGCGACCGGCCAGGUUCUCUUCCAUCGUUUCUAUUGCAAGAAGUCAUUUGCCCGCUUCAAUGUCAAGAAAGUUGCAGCUAGUUGUGUUUGGCUUGCAUCAAAGCUGGAGGAAUGCCCUAGGAAAGCUAGACAAGUGCUUAUUGUUUUCCACAGAAUGGAAUGCAGGAGGGAGAACUUACCCAUAGAUAUUCUGGACCCUUAUUCAAAGAAAUAUUCCGACUUAAAGAUGGAGUUGACUAGGACAGAAAGACAUACAUUGAAAGAGAUGGGUUUCAUUUGUCAUGUUGAACAUCCUCAUAAGUUUAUAUCGAAUUACCUGGCUACCCUCGGAACUCCUACAGAAUUAAGGCAAGAAGCUUGGAAUCUGGCAAAUGACAGCUUACGUACGACCUUGUGUGUUCGAUUCAAGAGUGAGGUUGUGGCUUGUGGGGUUGUAUAUGCUGCUGCUCGUAGGUUUCAAGUACCCCUUCCGGAGAACCCUCCGUGGUGGAAGGUAUUUGACGCAGACAAAUCAGGAAUUGAUGAAGUUUGCAGGGUUCUGGCUCACCUGUACAGUCUUCCCAAGGCGCAAUACAUACCUGUAUGUAAGGAUGGUGAUUCAUUCACCUUUUCGAACAAAUCACGGGAUUCACAUUCUCAGCCACUUCAAAAGGAAGUUUCACAAAGUACCUCACCAGCUAAUGGUGAUAUUUCUAAUUCCAAGGAACAUUCAGUAGCUAAUCCUGAAUCUGGUGAAUCCAAGAAUGCACCGAUCAAGGUAGCUAGUGACAGACUGAAGGAGUCAAAAAAAAGUAGUGAUGAAUCUAAGAAUAUGCCUGUUGAAGGAGACAUAAAAGAAGAGUCUAUGCAGAAAUCCAAAUCCGAGCGUAGAAUAGAAGCAAGUGGGGAAAGGAGCAAGGAGAGAGAAAGAGACAGGGACAGGGACAGGGACAGGGACAGGGAGAGAGAGAGGGACAGAAUAAAGUCUAGGGAUCGUGACCGAGGCAGGGAUUCUGACCGGGAAAGAGAGAGAGAUGAGUCUGACAGAGACAGAGAUAAGGACCAUCGUCAUCGUUCUAAGGAUCGAUCAAAGGAUUCAGGAGGGCAUUCGGAUAAAUCAAGACAUCACUCGUCAAGAGAUCGUGACUACCACAGUUCUUAUUCAAGGGACAAGGAUCGCUAUAGACAUCAUUCACAUGCUUGAACCAAUCUUCGAAGCCUCCUUCUUUAUGUUAAAUUUGUAGGACAUCUUCCAGUGCCAAUGUCAUUUUCUUCUUUGAUCAUGACAUUCCUCAAGCAGAACGUGUUAUACAACAGAAAUAGCAUCUUAUUACUAUCAAGCAAUUCAGUGGAAAUGCAUAAUAACAGUGACAUAAAUGCAAAGACAUAAAAAUUGUGGCGUGACCCGUUCAAAAAAAAAAAAUUAGUGACAUGACAGG